AUGCUCAAGUCCGAGGACGUGCUGUUUGUGAACCAGGUGGAGCCGGCCCCCGGCCGAUGCCACUCGCUGUUCAUGGUGUGCGACGGCCACCAGGGCGUGGGCGCGGCGCAGCACGUGGUGCAGUGCCUGCCCUGGAUACUGGACCGCACACUGCCCAGCGAGCUGCCAGACUGGGCCAACGCCGCAGGCACAACGAUGACGCUGGUGAUCGUCAGCGGGUGGCUGGUGACUGUGGCCAACACGGGUGACAGCAGUGCUGUGCUGGACUCUGGUGACCACAUCAGCGAGAUCACGUUCAGCCACAGGAUACAGGGCUGCCCCAGCGAGCAGGCGCGCCUGAGAGCAGGGGGCGGCACCCUGGCGCCCCUGGGCUUCCACCUGCAGGGCCCGGCCAAGCCCAAGGAGAUGGGGGUGGGGCCCUUGCGCCUGUGGCCGGGCGGCCUCUGCGUCAGCCGCAGCAUCGGGGACCUGGACACAGGGCCGCUGGUCGUGCCGCUGCCGCAUGUACGCCAGCUGCUGGUGCCCCGAGACAGGGCCCUGCGGCUGGUGAUCGCGUCUGACGGGCUCUGGGACCUCAUGCCUUUCGACAAGUGUGCCAAAGCCCUGCGCAACAAGAUGCCAGCAGAGGCCGCGGCCUACCUGGGGCUGGCUGUUGUGCGGGACAAGCGCAUGGCUGACGACAUGAGCGUCAUCGUGCUGGACGUGUCGCCCAGCCAGGGGCUGCAGUUCCCGGUGUCCGCCCUGCGUUGCUCAGGGGCCGACAAGCCCGUCCCCAAGCCCGCCAGCAGCGGCGGCCUCUUUGCAUGUUUCAAGCCUCACACACAGACGGACUGCUGCUGCGACAGCGGUGGGCCGGUGCAGCUGCUGGCCGACGUGGACUGCCUGGAGGCCUACCCCAUGCACACGCACAACCUGGCGCGCGCGUCGCUGGACCAGAGCGCUGCGCUGAAGGGGGCAGCGCGCAAAACCACAGACUACACCGUGCACGGCAACAAGGCGCACGUGUUCAACACGGAGAACAGCUGGCACGGCUCUGUGGGCGGCAGCGGCCACGGCAGCCUCAACGGGUCAUCCCGCCACGUCCCCGAGCACGCCCAUGGCGGCGGCCUCUUCAACCCCAGCGGCGGCGACAACAGCGACGGCCGCCCACACGGCGACGAUGCGCCUGCAGGGGCGCGCGAUGCGGAGGGCGGCGUGCGGGAGGGGCCAGCGGCGCUGGGCCGCGUCUUCACGCUGCCCCGCGAAGAUGCCAGCGCUGUGUGCGCCGGCGAUUCUGGGUUCCGGGCCACGAGCUACACCAGCUCUGCCGCAGGCACUACCGCCGCAAACCAAGCUGCGCACACCGUCUCCAGCCUGCCUGGCGGCAACCUCGGUGCCGCCGGCAGGCCUGGUGGCGGGGCGCUGUUGCGGGGCGAGGCGGGGCCGCAGCGCAAGAUCACGCCCAACGGCGCCGCCGCGACGCGCGUCGUGCGCAGCGCGAGCGCCACCCUGGAGCGAGACAGCUCGGCGCCGCAGUCGUACGCGCGACCGCAGGCCGGGGGCGGGUCGGCUAUCGGCAACGCGGCCGUCCUGAGGGACAUCUGUGGCACCACUCCCGACGACGCCGAGUCCAUGCUGCAGCAGGCCAGCGAGCUCAUGGACGCCAGUGAGCACGGCCCCAACCGGCGAGGCGGCUACCACUCCGCGAUCUGA